AGAGAGACAGAAGCAGUGAUCCUCCAUCUCCUUGCUGGUAAGGAAUUUACAUCCCAGCUGUGGCCAUGAGGAUCAUUUACCAGCUCCUGAUUGUCCUCUUCAUAAUGCUCCAAGGAAUUGCAGGUCAACAUAGGCCAUUCAAUUCUUGUGCAGCCCAAAAUGGAUACUGCACCCCAGGGACAUGUCAGUACCCAUUUCGUCAGGUUGGAAGAUGUCCUAAUGGAUUUUCUUGCUGCAGAAGGUGGAGGCGCUGAAGAUUCCCUGGAUUCUCCUUGGAAGCCUUUUCUGCUUCUGCUAAAAGACCUCUAAAUCAACCCCUUGUGACCGCAGUUCCUGCUGCAAUGAAAAGUUCUCAUCUUCCUAUGCAUUGAAGCAAACAUCAGCAUCUACAAAAACACAAACUUGAGCCAGGCAACACUGCAGAAAUUCUUUCUUUCCCCGCUUUUAAUAAAAUCAG